CGUUACAAUUAUUAAUGCAAGAGUGCAUCCAAAUGUACCUUAAACUUUCAAAAUGUUGCUCGUAGGACUUAACUUAAAAAACUACUGUUCAUUUUCUUCUCCUCCUCUCUAAGUCUACUAGUUGUGAUACACUAGAUAUCCAACUCAACCUUUUUUCCUUUCAACCAUUUCAUCAAACAAUUUACAGGCAUCGUUCCGCAUCACUAUAAUAGUGUAUUUCUCAUUUAGUGAAUUCCUAUUUUUACUUUCUUCGAUAAAUUUCUCUUUCUGAAACAAAAAUAAAAGAGAGCCAAUACUGUUAGUGAUGCGAAGAGUAAACCCAUUUUUCCCUUCACUCUCAAUGUUUAAUAAAAUUCCAUUUUCUUUGAUUUGUCGCAAUAGAUUCCAUCCGACUUUAGGUCGCAAUUGUCAUUUAUUGGCCAAACCAGUUAGUAUUUCAAAUGUUAAUGUAAAUUUCUUUGCUGUUGAUAAAAUAAGAAAUUUAUCUGUGGUUGCUACUGCUGCGAAAUCACCCUUGAAUACGUCUACUACUAAGGAAAUGUCCAACAAAGCAAGAAGGAAAUUACAGAGGGAAUCACCUGAGGGUCUGCUUAAAUUUAAGCUUGAUAUGUGCUCGAAGCAUGGUAAACUUAAAGAAGCUCUUUGUUUGUAUGAUGAAGGCAGUAGUAACGGGGUUAGUCUAAAGCUGCACCAUUACAAUGUGCUGCUUUACUUGUGUGCUCGUGAAGCGAGUGGCGAUGGCGGCGAGGUGAAUGAGUUGAAGGAAUUAGGGCUCAAGAGGGGUUUUGAGAUAUUUCAGAAAAUGAUUUCUGAUAAAAUUUCUCCGAAUGAGACUACUUUUACAAGCAUGGCGAGGUUGGCAGUGGCAAGAGAAGACCCGGAUAUGGCUUUUGAAUUGGUGAAGCAGAUGAAGAGCCUUGGAAUUCCACCGAAACUGAGGUCAUAUGGGCCGGCUUUGUUUGGAUUCUGUGAGAAGGGGAAUGCAGAGAAAGGAUACGAAGUGGAUGCUCACAUGGCUGAAUCCGGGGUGAUGCCUGAAGAGCCUGAGUUUUCUGCUCUUUUGAAAGUUAGUGUUGAUAGAAAGAAGGUGGAUAAGGUGUAUGAGAUGUUGCAAAGGUUACGAGCCACAGUGAGGCAGGUCUCAGAAUCAACACUUCAAAUUAUUGAGGAUUGGUUUAAAUCAGAGGAUGCGGCAAAAGUUGGGGCUGAGAGUUGGGAUGUGAAGAAGAUAAAGGAAGCAGUUGUAGGUGGAGGAGGAGGGUGGCAUGGGCAAGGGUGGCUGGGAAAUGGGAGAUGGAGGGUAGUGAGGACUAAAAUGACUAAGAAUGGUUUGUGUCAGUCCUGUGGGGAGAAGCUUGUUUGCAUUGAUAUUGAUCCGAAAGAGACUGAAAAUUUUGCUAUCAAAUUAACUGAAUUGGCAUGCCAUAAAGAGGUUAAAGCUGAUUUUGUUCAGUUCCAGGAGUGGCUGAAGCAGCAUGGACCAUUUGAUGCAGUUGUAGAUGGUGCAAAUGUGGGUCUCAUCAAGGCAGAUACUUUCAAUUUUUACCAGCUUAAUAAUGUUGUAAAUCAAUUACGACAAAUGAGUCCAUCAAGAAGGUCUCCACUCGUUAUUUUGCAUCAAAGUCGGGUAACUGGUGGUCCUGCUAGGAUUACCAAUAACAGGAAUUUGUUAGAGAGUUGGAAAAGGGCUGGGGCACUUUAUGCUACUCCUCCUGGAUCAAAUGAUGAUUGGUAUUGGCUAUAUGCUGCUGUUAGUUGCAAGUGUUUACUAGUGACAAAUGAUGAAAUGAGGGACCACUUAUUCCAGUUAUUAGGGACUUCCUUUUUCCCAAGAUGGAAGGAAAAGCAUCAGGUUCGAUUAUCUAUGACAAGAAAUGGUCUUAUGCUUCACAUGCCUCCCCCAUACUCUAUUGUUAUUCAGGAGUCAGAAAGCGGUAAUUGGCAUGUUCCUCCCAUCACAGACAAUGAUAUUUUGAAUCCCAGACAGUGGUUGUGUGCAAGUAGAAGUAGAACCAACAAAACAUCGUAACUGCCUGGAUUUGAACAAGCAAUCUACAUGAACUGGAAAAUCAGAAGGGAGAGAAACAUGUAUUUUGAGGUUAGAUGUUGCAAUUUAAUUUACACAUUUAUGUAUUUGAUUCUCGUCUAAUUCAUCUUGUAAUGAAUUUUGCUGUAAAAUUUAAAGAAAAAAAAGGGUAAUGGAAAUGCAUUUGGUAGAGAAAAUAUUUAUUAUGACAAAGACUGUUUUAAUUCAAAUGGUCUUGGCCUUCGCAUGGAGAGGUGGGUAU